CGCCUUCUCUGACUCUCGUCCUUUCCACUUCUCCAUUCCCCAUUUCCUCUUUCCCCUCAGUUCCCCCGCCCAGACCCGCUGCCCACACACACGAUGGCAGACUCCUCAAAUCAAGACGGGGCGCAGUUCCCGCUGGGAAGGGGCUGUCCUGGGCUGCUGGGGAAUCUCAGGUGGCAGUUGAUCGCCAACGUGUGUUGACAGGGCUGGGGGAAAGGGCGGGUGGGACAGCCUUUGCCCAGGAUGACAGCCCCUCCCUGUGGCAGCAGGGCCUUGGUACUGACGGGCUGAGGCGGAAGAGCCCAGAUCUUCAGCUUCCUUAGUUGGCCUUUCCGGGAGCCGCUUGGCCUCUAGUGCAGGAAGGGGAAGGGGCCGAAGCUGGGGAAGGCGUGGCAGGAAGGGGGAGACUCUGUGGUCAGGGAGCUGCUGGCAGAGCACAGCUGUACAGUGCCCUCAGAGCGUCUGCGCCCAGCUCACGGCCCGCGGCCCGGCCCAAGAUGAAGCCCGCCGUGGUCUUGCUCUUGCUCCUUCUGGCUGAACGGGCAGCGGCCUUGGGAGAGCCUCAGCUCUGCUACAUCCUGGACGCCAUUCUGUUUCUGUAUGGCCUCGUCCUGACCUUGCUCUACUGCCGGCUCAAGAUCCAGGUGCGGAAGGCAGCCGUGGCCUACGAGAAAUCGGAGGGCAUCUACACGGGCCUGAGCACCCGGACCCAGGAGACCUACGAGACCCUGAAGCAUGAGAAGCCGCCACAGUGACUGUGGACAGGUGCCUGUGGACAGGUGCCCGUGGCCAUGUCCUCGCUGCUCCUGGCCCCCAUGGGUGGCACCACAUUAACAGCAGCCACCCCUGCCCCUGUGAGGAUGCCACGCCCCACUGGCGGACACGAUGGUGCCUGCUCCCUGUCAGACCCAAGCUCAGCCGCUCCUCACUAAUGCCCGCGAGUCAGCCCCGCUGAGCGCUCCCUUCCCCUCCUUCCCACCCCCAGCCCCCCCAACACUGCAGAGGGGGCGCGAGCAAUAAAGCUGCCACACGCCACGCCCUGUGCAUUCAUUCAUUCAUUCGCCACGCAGUUAACCAGCCACAGGACACACUGGGCUGGACACAGCGCUGCUGAGUAAGGCCAACCCUGUUUCUGACUUUGCAGAGCUCACAGCCCCAAGGACACCAGGCUGUGCUGCUCCACUGAGGGGUGAACCCCUGACCCCGAGUUCUCCAGCGCAGGGACGGAGUGGGGGCUGCUGUGUGGGGACUCCAGGCACAUUCAGAGUGACUCUGGCUGUCCAGCCCCAAAGAGUGACCGGCUCACAGCGGGCUUCGGGUGGGGCAGUUUACAGUGUCCGCGUGUCUGGAAGCCAAACGUGCAGGAGGGACACCGUGACAGGCGCGUGCGAAGCUCCUGAAGGAAGGUCUCAUGGGAACAGUGAAUUCUCUGGGCUCUGGGGCAACGGGGACCUUCGGGGGCCAGGUAGGUGUCAGAGGGGGUGAGGCAAAGGGGACAAGUCAGGCCCAGAAGGGAGGGCAGCUCGCAGAGGGCGUGGGUGGCGGCUAAGGAAUCCCCGUGGACAGUGCCUGUCCUGUUUCCAGCUCUGCCAGGAGGGAGGACUCCUGGAGAUAUUUGAAUCUCAUCUGAUGCUUCCAAUCCUGCCUCUGGGCCCGCAGCUGUCACAGUGGGUCCCUGUCUGCAGGCUUACCCCAGCCAUCCCUGUGCUGGGCACCACUCUACUCGUAACGACUCACACUUUUCGGCAUGUUUUCCAGCUCACGGUGCCAAUUGAUCCGCUCACAAACCCUGUGAGGAUUCUGGCUCUUUGAAGUUUAACCUGUCCAAGGUCAUCUUGCAGGUGACAGAUUGAGAACCUGUUCCAUGCAUUUUGCCACAUGAGAAAAAAACGGAAAGAGGAGGAAGAGGGUCGCAAGUGGUAAGGGUCUUGAAGGCCAGACUGAAGGUCGAUCAACAUGCAGAAGAAAUCGGAGCUGGUCUGGUGUCCGGGGAGGGCGAUUUCAGAGGAAAUCUGAGUCAGGGUACGGAAGUCGCCGUGUUAGAGGCAAAGUGGGGGUCACGUUUACUGGAAAAUGCCUCGUUUUCCUUUGUCCUAAUUGUGGGAUUCCGAGCCUCCUGUGCCAGCCCAGUCUGGUUUCGGUCCCUCUUUGCUCUCCUCUGGGUACCACGGCUCCCAAGUCAGUCUGGAGAGCAAGCUGGAGACCUGCCCCACCCUGAACUGGCUUAGGCGUCUGCUUGUUCCCAGCUCCCAGUGGCCAGAUAACAGUGGGGAGAGGAGUGAGGGCCGAUGUCACUGCAGGGGGGUGGUGCACAUGAGUGGAGGGAGGGCCUUGGGCGACACCACUGGGUUCACUUUUUGGAAGCUCUCUGCUCUGUGCAGGAUGAUUGGGAGGAGAUUCCGAGGGUGCCCUCAUCUCCCGUGACCUGCACGAGUCCAGGGAUUCAGUUUGUGACUCUUGCGUCCCCUUCACUGUUCCUGUCCAAAGCAAAGCUCUCCAGUCUCCACUGCAGAGCUGUCCCCAGGCCCGCAGGAAGCUUCCGGGUUUGGAGCAGAAUCGCAGGAAGGACCCGU